UUUCGAUGUGUCGUUGGGACCCUCUGGCGCUUAAAUACCUAGAUAGGGUUUGCUGUCACAAGCAAGCCAAGCCAUUUUUACCAGGAGUUGGUUAACUACAGCCGCAUCAAGCCUCCAACUUUCUGACAGCUCCCGGGCUCAAUGCAAGCUUGAAACAAGGCUCACCAUCUAUCGAAGCCCCGCCAUCCAAUCCAAGGAAAAUAUUGUUUGUCCAUCUUCGGUAGAACGGGUAGUAGACCACCGGGAUAUCCCUCCUUAGUGGCGUUCAAGCAAAUUAUCAAUACCUCGCGACGCACCAUCCUCUCCUUUCUCCACACCUGCCGGAUAUCACUCCCUUCAUCGAACACCCUCGCUCAAGCUCUAGCAAUGUUUUGUACCUUGUAUAUGAUGGCUAUGAUCCUUCCACUCCGUCAAUGAAAGUACGCAAUAGCACCCAAAUAUCACCACAGUAUCGGCGCCACCUCACCCGCACCGGCUGACUGACAUCCGGGUGGAGAUUGUUGUGGUGAUCAACAGCACCGAUCGCUCUUCAGCCAAGCCAUCACUGCGAGGACGGACAGCCAAUGCAGAGUUUCGCCUGGGGAAGGCGGGUAAGCGAUCACGGCAAAAACCAAGAGGAGCAACUGACUUCCGAUUGAACAGAGGCUGGGCAAGCCGGAGGAUAUCUACGUAGAUAUCUCUCUCCUCUUAGAGCUCUCCUCUAUCGUAAAUCCUGGUGGUCGAUACCGGAAAGAGGGUGCAAUGAUGGAGAUUAGGGUUCUAGUUGUGUUUGCCCUCGGCUUUCUCCUUGACUCGGUCGUCUCCACACCUUUAUCACCCCUCACGAUCGGUUUGCUAGGAGACGGAAAUACUGGGAAAGACGGCGGAGAUACUGGAGGCGAUGGGGACGGUGGUGACAGUCCAAUGAGCGAGUGGUCGUCUACGAUAGGCAUUGUUACCGCCAUCGUUGGGAACGUUUUUAUUUCCUUUGCUCUGAAUAUCCAACGAUACGCACACAUACGGAUUGAACGGGAAUACGAACGCAACCGUCAACGGAAUGGUUGGAAGAGAGGUGCUUCCAGGACCACAGUGCCGUCAGGACGGUUAUCGUCUAGUAAUUUUGUCGCCGUUGCAAACGAAGAUGAGGACGAGGCCGCGAAUGAGCAUGAACGUGCAGGCACGGCUCGGGCGGAAACAAAUGGAAGAUCUACUAGGUCUGAGGAAAUUUCAAGAUUUGGAUUUCAUCCAUACACAGACGAGGAUGAGGGGGAGAGGGAGAGGGAUAACUUCCUCGAUGAUAGCAACCCGGACUCUGACAGGCUCCAACAGUCCUUCAUGUCAGACCGGACGUUAACGCCCCUGGAGAAGAGUCAAAUUUCCAAUGAACGAAAAUCGUAUCUUCGAUCUCCGUACUGGUGGACGGGCAUCAUUCUUAUGACCGUCGGAGAAGCUGGUAAUUUCCUUGCUUAUGGAUUUGCACCUGCGUCUAUCGUUUCACCUCUAGGAGUCGUGGCAUUGAUUUCGAAUUGUCUCAUUGCUCCAUUCAUGCUGAAGGAGACUUUUCGUCGACGAGAUCUACUUGGUGUACUGGUUUCUAUCGCUGGUGCAGUUACAAUUGUGCUCAGCGCUAAAACCUCGGAGACAAAAAUAGGCCCCGGCGAGAUUUGGGGCAUGAUAACGAGGUGGGAGUUCGAAUUAUACCUUGGCCUCACGAUCGCUCUUAUCUUUGGUUUGAUGUGGGCUAGCCAGAAGUAUGGGAGGCAGUCUAUUCUAAUUGAUCUGGGUUUGGUUGGAUUGUUUGGUGGAUAUACUGCUCUAUCGACAAAGGGCGUUGCGUCGUUACUAUCAUUCACUUUAUGGCAUGUCAUCACGUUCCCUAUCACAUACGCCCUAGUGGCCGUACUUGUUUUCAGUGCCGUCAUGCAGAUCCGAUACAUCAAUCGAGCCUUACAAAGAUUCGAUUCUACCCAAGUUAUCCCUACUCAGUUUGUAUUGUUUACUAUUUCAGUGAUUCUCGGAAGCGCUGUCCUCUACCGUGAUUUCGAGUCCACCACCCUUGCACGGGCAGAGAAAUUUAUUGGAGGCUGUGCACUCACCUUCCUAGGAGUUUAUCUUAUCACGAGCGGUAGAAAUCGUGGAGAUGGUUCGGAAUCCGAAUCCGAGUCCGAUGGCGACGAGGAGGCAAUCGGUCUUUUCGAUGGAGAACGUUAUCGCGACAGCAUUGAUUCGCAACGUGAAAGGGAUCAAAGCCACGCAGCGCCAAUAUUGGAUGGGACUGCCGGUCCGGCUGUUCAAGCUGCCGACUCUCAUCCCCGUUCUCUUCUUAGUGAUGAGAGCGAUUACGCAGAAGACGAUGGGAUACAUACCCCACGAGCUCCGUUGUCUAGCGGUCCUGCCUCUUCCACACAAUCAAUUUCUGGCGCAUCCUUAUUAUCCGCAUCCCCCACCCCCAGCCCAAAGCAAUUAUUUACCGAAAAUCCAUGGGCAACAACCCUUGAAGGCCAUGGCGAAUCAGCGAUUGUCUCUGGGCCUCAAACCCCAACUCACAUAUACCCCCCUCCAACCCAAGUCCUCCUCCAAUUCCCAUCUGCACCAGGCCUCACUGGAUCUCACCCAGACAGUAACCAACAAAGCUCCCCACAUACUCCCCCGCAAGCCGCACGAUCAAGACCAAAAACACCCCCAACAACAGGUCGCCAACCUCCAUCUUCUCGAACACCAAACACUGGAUCACGAGGCUCGUUUUCAAAACGCUUCGCGCCUGGUCCACUACUCCAACCAUUCUCAGGCACCUUGAGCGCUGUUAUUGCAGAUUCUCUUCUAAGGGGAGAAGGGUCUCCUCGCAGUCAGCGCGAACGCGCCCUGUCGAAGUCAAAACGAAAAGGCAAAAAGAGAGCAUCCAUCCCAUAUCCUACCGACCAAGGCCUAGCGACAAGGUCUAACCAAGAAGGAACCCCGCUAGAAACCGAGUAUGAAACGGCCACCAGCAUAACAGGUGCCGACGAGGACGAGGUGUUACGCAGAGGUGCCCGCGUGAGCCCAAGACUCCCCGGUUCAAGCACCACGAACCGAACCAGCACGCAAGAGAGAAUCCCAACACUGUCUGCGUCACCGCGGCAGAAGAAUAAAGAUGACACUCGAACGCGUAGUCUUAGCGACUCGUGGAGCGGCGGGUUGGGCUGGCUCAGUGGCAGUAUCCGAGGGAAUGCAAAAAAUAAGCAGAAAAGUAAGGCCGGGCCUUCGGCUGCUGGCGGUCCUGGCGAGAUUGGCGAUGGCGACGACGCCAGGCCAUCGAGAGACUGAUUAAUCCUUCUAUCUCCCCUUCAUCUACCUUCUUCUCCUUGCUCGCCACAGAUAAGGAAUACAUUCUAAUAUGAGCGCAUAGUACAUAUCUGGGUACAGUGGAUUGAUUUGUGAUUUUUUUUUU